GGUCACAUGGUAUUACCACAUGACCGUGACGUCACGAAGGUCCCUUCAGAGGCUAGGAAGUAGCCGCUACCGGGUUGGGGGGCUGGCGGGCAAGAUAUUAUUUAACCAUUUUAUGCGCCGCUGCCCGUUGCAAAUAAAGAACAGGCGCCUGUUUGUCGCUCCUAAAUCUUGUCGCCCUAGGCCCGGGCCUGGGGGCCUCUCCCAAUAUCCUGGCCUGCCUAGGAUGGAGAGAGCAAUGGAGCAACUCAAUCGCCUCACUCGCUCUCUGCGCAGAGCUCGCACCGUGGAGCUGCCUGAAGAUAAUGAAACUGCUGUUUACACGUUAAUGCCGAUGGUAAUGGCUGAUCAACAUAGGUCUGUUUUGGAAUUACUUUCAAAUUCAAAGUUUGAUGUCAACUAUGCCUUUGGAAGAGUUAAAAGAAGCUUACUUCAUAUUGCUGCCAAUUGUGGGUCAGUGGAAUGCCUGGUUUUGCUUUUAAAAAGAGGAGCUGAUCCCAACUACCAGGAUAUUUCUGGAUGUACGCCUCUUCACUUAGCGGCUCGAAAUGGGCAGAAGAAGUGCAUGAGUAAAUUGUUAGAAUACAAUGCUGAUGUCAACAUUUGUAAUAAUGAGGGACUCACAGCUAUUCACUGGCUUGCUGUGAAUGGCCGAACUGAACUACUUCAUGACCUUGUACAACAUGUCACUAAUGUGGAUGUGGAAGAUGCUAUGGGGCAGACUGCACUUCACGUGGCAUGCCAGAAUGGACACAAAACAACUGUGUUGUGCUUGUUGGACAGCGGGGCAGAUAUAAACAGACCAAAUGUAUCUGGAGCUACUCCUCUGUACUUUGCUUGCAGCCAUGGCCAAAGGGAUACAGCACAGAUUCUUUUACUGCGUGGUGCGAAGUACUUGCCAGAUAAGAAUGGUGUCACACCUCUGGAUCUCUGUGUGCAGGGUGGAUACGGUGAAACUUGUGAUAUUCUUAUACAGCAUCACCCAAGAUUGUUUCAAACCCUAAUCCAAAUGACUCAAAACGAGGAUCUCCGAGAAAACACAUUACGACAGGUUCUUGAACAUUUGUCUCAGCAAAGUGAAGUCCAAUAUCUGAAGAUACUCACAGGGCUUGCAGAAGUAGCCACAACAAAUGGUCACAAACUCUUAAGUAUCUCAAGUAGUUAUGAAGCUCAAAUGAAGAGUCUGCUGAGGAUUGUACGGAUUUUUUGCCAUGUUUUUCGUAUUGGCCCAUCUUCCCCUAAUAAUGGAAAUGACAUGGGCUACAAUGGAAACAAAACUCCUCGAAACCAGGUGUUCAAGGUCAGAAAUGUGUAUGAUGUCUUUAGGAAGAUAAACAUUAAAGAGAUGAAUUUGCCAAAUCAUACACUCAUUUAUCAGGCCACUUCUGAACAGGACCCUCUAGAAUUGCUUUGGCAUUCUUUAGAUGAAUGGUUAGUGCUCAUUGCCACAGAAUUAACCAAGAACAAGAGGGACUCCUCCAACAUCGCUUGCAUUUUACUAAAACAGAACCAACUAGAUCAGCAAGAUAUUUCUCUAGCCCAUCAAUCAGCUAUUGGGGAAAGUGGAAGCUAUGACCAUCUAUCGUCAUCAACAAGAGCAGAAGACUUUGAGAGCUGCAGUGCUGCUGGAAAGCAGGAACCAGUUGCAGAUGGUCAGGAUGUUAUCUCAAUGACAGCAAAUAGACUGAGUGCUGUUAUUCAAGCCUUUUACAUGUGCUGUUCUUGCCAAAUGCCACAGGGAAUGACAUCCCCACGCUUUAUAGAAUUUGUCUGCAAGCAUGAUGAUGUCCUUAAAUGUUUUGUUACAAGGAAUCCUAAAAUAAUAUUUGACCACUUCCAUUUUCUUUUGGAAUGCCCUGAACUGAUGUCUCGGUUUAUGCAUAUUAUAAAAGCACAGCCUUUUAAAGAACGGUGCGAAUGGUUUUACGAACACUUACUUGCUGGACAACCUGAUUCCGAUAUGGUUCAUAGACCUGUAAAUGAGAAUGAUAUACUGCUGGUUCAUAGAGAUUCUAUUUUUAGGAGUAGCUGUGAAGUAGUGUUCAAAUCCAACUGUGAAAAACUAAAGCAAGGGAUUGCUGUGCGUUUUCACGGAGAAGAAGGCAUGGGACAAGGCGUUGUGAGGGAGUGGUUUGAUAUAUUAUCUUCCGAAAUUAUCAAUCCUGACUAUGCUCUCUUCACACAGUCAGCAGACGGAACAACCUUCCAGCCAAACAGCAACUCUUCUGUAAAUCCAGACCAUCUCAACUACUUUAGAUUUGCGGGGGAAAUCCUGGGCUUGGCUCUCUAUCAUAGACAACUGGUCAACAUUUAUUUCACCAGGUCAUUUUACAAGCACAUCCUUGGUAUUCCAGUAAAUUAUCAAGACGUAGCCUCCAUUGACCCAGAAUACGCAAAGAACCUGCAGUGGAUAUUAGAUAAUGAUAUUAGUGACCUAGGACUGGAACUCACUUUCUCAGUUGAGACAGAUGUGUUUGGAGCUAUGGAGGAAGUCCCCUUAAAGCCUGGAGGAGCAAGCAUCCUUGUUACUCAAGAGAACAAGGCAGAAUAUGUUCAGCUUGUUACUGAGCUUCGUAUGACAAGAGCAAUUCAGCCUCAGAUCAAUGGAUUUUUGCAGGGCUUUCAUAUGUUUAUUCCACCUUCUCUAAUACAACUGUUUGAUGAAUAUGAGCUGGAGCUGCUUCUGUCCGGCAUGCCAGAAAUUGAUGUGAAUGACUGGAUGAAAAAUACAGAAUAUACUAGUGGCUAUGAAAGGGAUGACCAAGUAAUUCAGUGGUUCUGGGAAGUUGUGCAGGAGCUAACACAAGAGGAGAGAGUUCUGCUUUUACAGUUUGUAACGGGCAGUUCCCGUGUACCUCAUGGUGGCUUUGCAUAUAUCAUGGGUGGAAGUGGGCUACAAAAUUUCACCAUAGCAGCAGUAGCAUAUACACCAAAUCUGUUGCCAACGUCAAGCACAUGCAUCAACAUGCUAAAAUUGCCUGAGUACCCAAGUAAAGAAAUCCUUAAAGACAGGCUUCUGGUGGCAUUGCACUGUGGAAGCUACGGUUACACAAUGGCAUAAUGAAGAAAGUAAAACUCAUCUGACUACUGAUGCGCAAUUCAGACUGGCAGAACCAAUUUAGAAAACUGUCAAGAGAAAAACAAGCUAGAUAUUGCCCACAGGCAGGGCUGACUUUCAAAAGAUGUGUAAAGUAUCUUUUUUUCCCUAGAUUAUCUGUUGCUUAUGGGGAUGUGUAAUUCUGUUUUUAUUUAAAUACUGGCAAAAUCAAUGAGUUAUCAGUGGUUUCUUUUUUUAAAUGAGAGAUCUAAUUUCCAAAUUGCCUUGUUUUCAAAUUGUUUUAAAUUUGAUUUGUGGUUUCUUUUAUAUGCCAAAAUGAACACUUGUGUAUUUUUAUUUUUAUUAUGAAGAUGUUAGCGGUAUGAUUGUGGUGCGGGCAAUGUAAGUGUUGUGGAAAAAGACGGCAUAUUACUUUGCCUGUCCUUAUAUUUUUGCAAUUUUAAUGGAGUUGUGUUGAAAAAUGAAUACAGUAUAUUCUAAUCUGGCCACAAAGCUGACUACAAUAUACCCUGUAUUUUAGUUUGCACACUUUGUAUUGUUCUAUAUCUGACAAUGGUUUUGUUUUUGUGCCUUUUUUAAUAAUUUUGUUGUAUAGUUGGCCAUGAUAAUGAGGCAGUUAUGUUAAUAUAUAUUUUAUCCUUGCAAAAUGUCCUUUUUAUUCUGUAUAUUUAUGUUUAUUUUGUGAAACUGACCUUUCUUGUGCAAGAAAUCUGAAAUGUAUUUUUGUACAAGGACGUUUGCAGAAAUGUAUACAACAUUUUAUAAAUGGUCUUUAAUACAUUGACACAAUAAAUACAAAUCUUUUUUGCUUUGCA